UUUAAAUUUGCGUUCUUGUGUUUAUGUGUUUCAGUCAGUGGCACAAUAUUAUUACCUAUGACUGUGAACUUUGCCUAUUUUUGCACUAAAAAUAUUUUUUCUUGUCUGUAUUGUGCUUCGUGUUGUUACUUUUAGAUGGAUCGUAAUUGAAUUAAAUAUUACGAGCGUGUUACCCCAUUGUUUGUGAUUCAUUGUGAAAUAAGUUAAAACGAAUCAAAAAUGGAAACAGAUAAAUAUAUUACGAUUGUUCCUGUUGAGUAUCCUCGAAACAGGCAACAAUUCAUACGGCCUCCCGAUGAGUAUAGUGACUUUCCUCAAAACAGGAAUUGGCCACAUACGAGAGCAGUAAGGACAGAAUCUAGUACUUUGCGGAGGAAAGAACUGAAACGAUCAUUAGAACACAAAAGAUCUCAUCAUCAUUCUCGUAAUGACCCUAUACAGUCGUGUUCCAAGCCAAUAAUAAGUGCUCCACUAGCAUUUCAAACUGCUCCAAAACCUGUUAGGAAACCGCUUAAUGUAUAUAUUUACACAAUGGCUGAUAUAGUCUUACAUAUGGAUAUAGAAGAUGCAAACACAACUACAGUAUCAGAUCUUGUUGAUAUUAUAAUACAGCAAAACAAUUUGGGGUUAUCAAGAAUUGCUAAAAAUAUUUUCACAAUUUGGAUGAAAUCAAACGUUUUAGAAAUUCAGUUAAAACCUCAUCACAAAUUAUUGACCAUUUUUCAAAAAUGGCCCACACUUGAGGAUAAAUACUGCAAUCAAACUAAAAAAGUUAUUUUCAAAGAACCCAUUUUGAGUUUUCAAAGAAAUGUUUUUUUCCCUAGAAAAGACGAAGAAAAAAUUAAGGAUCAAAAAAUUAUUGAGCUAUUGUACGCUGAAGCUAAAUAUAAUGUAUUACAAGGUCGGUAUCCUGUUGAAGUAAACCACUGUUUGAUGUUAGCUAGUUUGCAGUGUCGAAUAGAAUUAGGUCCAAAUAAUUUACAACAGUAUACAUCAAGUUUUUUUAGAGAUAACCGAGAAAGAUUUUUGCCGUCCCAUCUAUAUAAAAGCUGGUCAUCAUGGUUAAAUCUUGAUAGGAAAAGUACACCUCAUUCUCGGCUUGCAGACCAUUUAAAACAUAUACAGAUAACUGGAUCUGAUCGCAGACUUUAUCAUAAAUAUUUAGAGUGCUGUUACAUGCUACCAUUUUAUGGGUGCGCUUUUUUCCAUGGUCAAAUUGAACAACCUGUCCGAGGYUUAAUGUCUUUAAUUAACCAUAAGGAUGUCCCUAUUUACAUUGCAGUCAACACCGAAGGAGUUUAUAUUUUGGACUAUGUGGAAAAUAGUUUAUUAUUGGGCCUAAAAUAUCAAGAUUUUUCAUGGGAAUUUGCUAAGCCAUCUCAAGUAGAUAAUGAUCAUUGUUUACCAUGUAUAUUUCUACAGUUCUUAGUAUUAGAAAACGGAACAAGAGUUUCAAAAAUUUUACAAGUGUUUUCUAAACAAGCUGUCAUGAUAGAUGCAUUAAUUGCAUGUUUUGUUGAAGAUUUUAGACAUAAAUUAGCUAUGAAUGAAUAUGACGAUGUAGAUAGAACUGGCGGCUUUGAACACAUAUCUGUCGGAGAUGGAUCUCAAAUACCUUUGGCACAUUUAUUCCGCAGUGAACCACAAUCCCGAUUGUGUAAUAAACUAAAUAAGUUGACACUGGCUACAUUUGAUGAAGACGGCCAUUGUAUUGGACAAAUGGGAUCUUGGUCAUUCAGCUACUAACAGUGGAUACUUAAUAUAAUAUACUUUAAUUUUUUUCUAUUGAUCUCUAUACUGCCAUCCUUUUGUUUAAUUCACAUUUCUUCUACUUCUUACUAUUGGAUACCUAGUAUCAAGAUAUAAUAUAUAUGUUACGGGUAAUGUUAGCAUUUGGAUAAAGUCGACAUUAGCCAUUCGUUUUGGCUAAUGUGUAAUUUUUCGUUUAUAAACAUGAAAUAUCCACAUUUUCCARAUGAUGUUAAUUUUAACCAGUCAAUAUUGGAUAAUGUUAAAAGUUAUAUAUUAAAUAGAGUUGUUAGCAUUCUAUACAAUAAUAAAGCGUUGGAUUACCAGAGUAUAAUAUCUUAAUUAACCUAUAACCURGUUAGUCAGUUAUCUUACCGAUAAAGUGAUCAGUAUAAUAUAAUAUAUGGCAUUAAUAUUUAAUUUAAUUAAAUGGCAUUUUCAUUAUAAUUUUACUUAUUAUA